UGCGUCAUUCUCAGGACUUUAACGGCGCCCUGGAGCCGCACAACCCUGCGACGCGCAGACGCAGGAGGAACGCGAGGCCCCGCAUACGGCUGUGAGGGGCGUGGUGCCCCGUCCCCUCAGUCGGCGGACCAUAGAGCUUUCAGGCCUCCAGGAUUCCUAGAGAGCUUCCGGAAGUGGCUUGGGGCAAGAUGCGUGUUGGCCGGUGUUGUGCCUCCGCACGUUUGGAAGUUGGGGGCUCGAGGGGCCUGGUCGGGUUACAGCUUCGCCCCUUUUUCUCUCAGCCCUUCCUCCAAGUCUGUCCACCUUUUGCCACCUCCUUUCCCCACCCUGGGCCUCCCCUGGAUCUCACGAAAUAUCCUUUAAAAAGAGGCCCUCAGAAGGUUCUUCUCUUAAGAAGAUAAAGAAGGUAGUGGGAACAAGCCUCCUGAGCUUUUCCAGCCCUAAAUGGCUGCAGAAUCAAGAAAGUCUGUAGCUCCAUCCCCACCAGACCAGACUCCUGAGGAGGACCUUGUAAUUGUCAAGGUAGAGGAAGAUCAUGGUUGGGACCAGGAAUCAAGUCUACAUGAAAGUAACCCUCCUGGCCAAGAGCUGUUCCGCCUGCGCUUCAGGAAGUUAUGCUACCAGGAGACACUAGGACCCCGAGAAGCUCUGAUCCAACUCCGGGCACUUUGCCAUCAGUGGCUGAGGCCAGAUUUGAACACCAAGGAGCAGAUCCUAGAGCUUCUAGUGCUGGAGCAAUUCCUGACCAUCCUGCCCGAGGAGCUCCAGACUCUGGUUAAGGAGCAUCAGCUGGAGAAUGGAGAGGAGGUGGUGACGCUAUUGGAAGAUUUGGAAAGGCAAAUUGAUAUACUGGGACGGCCGGUCCCGGCUCGUGCACAUGGACAUAGGGUACUCUGGGAGGAGGUGGUGCAUUCGGAAUCUGCACCCGAGCCUCCAGAUACUCAGCCCCAACCUGUGGCAACCCAGCACAAAUCUCCAGUGCUCCAAGGAUCACAAGAGAGAGCCAUGUCUGCUUCACAGAGUCCUACCCCUUCCCAAAAAGGAAGUCCUGGAGACCAGGAGAUGACAGCUACGCUUCUCACAGCUGGGUUCCAGACUUUGGAGAAGAUCGAAGAUAUGGCUGUUUCCCUAAUUCGAGAGGAAUGGCUUCUUGAUCCAUCACAGAAGGAUCUGAGUAGAGAUAACAGGCCAGAGAAUUACAGAAACCUGUUCUCCCUGGGUGGUGAGACCAGGAAUGAGAACAGGGAAUUAGUUUCGAAACAGGUAAUAUCUUCUGGAAUCCAGCCACAUGGAGAGACAGCUGCCAAAUGCAACGGGGAUGUUAUCGGGGUUCUUGAGCGUGGAGAAGCCCGAGACCUUCUGGGCACAUUAGAGAGGCAGCGGGGAAAUCCCACCCAAGAAAGACGGCAUAAAUGUGAUGAAUGCGGGAAGAGCUUUGCUCAGAGUUCAGGCCUUGUUCGCCACUGGAGAAUCCACACUGGGGAAAAGCCCUAUCAGUGUAAUGUGUGUGGUAAAGCCUUCAGUUACAGGUCAGCCCUUCUUUCCCACCAGGAUAUCCACAACAAAGUAAAACGCUACCACUGUAAGGAGUGUGGGAAAGCCUUCAGUCAAAACACGGGCCUGAUCCUGCACCAAAGAAUCCAUACUGGGGAGAAGCCGUAUCAGUGCAAUCAGUGUGGGAAGGCUUUCAGUCAGAGUGCGGGCCUUAUUCUGCACCAGAGAAUCCACAGUGGGGAGAGACCUUAUGAAUGUAAUGAGUGUGGGAAAGCUUUCAGUCAUAGCUCACACCUCAUUGGACAUCAGAGAAUCCACACUGGGGAGAAGCCCUAUGAGUGUGAUGAGUGUGGGAAAACCUUCAGGCGGAGCUCACAUCUUAUUGGCCAUCAGAGAAGCCACACUGGGGAGAAACCCUACAAAUGCAAUGAGUGUGGGAGGGCCUUCAGUCAAAAGUCAGGCCUUAUUGAACAUCAGAGAAUCCACACUGGAGAACGACCCUAUAAAUGUAAAGAAUGUGGGAAAGCUUUCAAUGGGAACACUGGCCUCAUUCAGCAUCUGAGAAUUCACACGGGGGAGAAACCCUAUCAAUGUAAUGAGUGUGGGAAAGCCUUUAUUCAAAGGUCAAGUCUCAUUCGACAUCAGAGAAUCCACACUGGCUCCAGACGGUAUAAAUGCAGUGAAUGUGGAAAGAAGUUUGCCCAGAGUUCAGGCCUUGUUCGACAUCGGAGAAUCCACACUGGAGAGAAACCCUAUGAGUGUGACCACUGUGGAAAAGCCUUCAGCGUGCGCUCAACCCUCACUGUGCAUGAAAGAAUCCACACUGGCGAGAAACCGUAUACAUGUAAUGAGUGUAGGAAAGCAUUCAGUGUGAGAGCACACCUGAUUAUACAUCAGAGAAUCCACAAUGGAGAGAAACCCUAUGAAUGUAAUGAAUGUAGCAAAGCAUUUAGUGUAAGCUCAGACCUUAUCAAACAUCAGAGAAUCCACUCUGGUAAGAAACCUUAUGAGUGUGAUGAGUGUGGAAAAGCCUUCGGUGUGAGCUCAGCUCUCAUCAAACAUCAAAGAAUCCACACAGGAGAAAAGCCAUAUGAGUGUAAGGAGUGUGGAAAGGCCUUCUAUGUGAACUCAGCCCUUAUCAAUCACCAGAGGAUUCAUUCUGGAGAAAAGCCCUAUAAGUGUGGAGAAUGCAGGAAAGCAUUCAGCCAGAUCUCAACCCUCAUUCAUCACCAGAGAAUUCAUACUGGAGAGAAACCAUAUGAGUGUGACGAGUGUGGGAAAGCAUUCCGUGGGAGCUCUAAUCUUACAAAACACCAGAAAAUACAUGCCAAAGGAAAGUGUCAUCAGUUCAAGAUGAACACUAAACUGAUAGAAAUUGCAGAUUGCUUUGGUCUGCACUGUGGACAGAGAGGACCGCGCCUCCGGAUUCCUAGGCGGGCAGCGGAAGUAGCCUCGUGGUCCUGGGCGCCUUUUGCACCGCUGUUCUGGGCUCUUGGUUGGCUCGCGGGGUGUUGGCUCAGGUUUUCUGUUAACUACCGGCCAGGGCUAGUCUCCGGGGAGCACCACCGGCCAUCCCCAGAGCGGCGGGAGCGCUCUGGUCUUAAGAUUCCUCCUGAUUCCUGGGAUGUUAAGACAAGUGAAUCCUAUCCUGAGCCAUUGCAAAUUAAGAUGUCCACCAAGUUGAGAGAAGGUGCAGCCUUGACUCCCGUGGUCCACAUUCGAGAGGAGCAUGAGGGUCUGAGAAUAGUGAAGGUAGAGGAAGAGGAGGACCAUGCUUGGGAACAGAAGCCUGGACAGCGAGGAAACGAGUACAAUUAUCAGGAACUCCUCCGCCGGCGCUUCAGGCAGUUCCGUUAUCAGGAGGCCCCUGGACCUCAAGAAGCGCUGAGCCGGCUUCGGGAGCUCUGCCAAAAGUGGCUGCAGCCUGAGCUGCACAGCAAGGAGCAGAUCCUGGAGCUACUGGUGCUGGAGCAGUUCCUGACCAUCCUGCCCAAGGAGCUCCAGGCCCGGGUAUGGGGCUGUCAUCCAAGGAGUGGAGAGGAAGUGGUGACUGUGCUGGAAAAUCUGGAGACAGAACUUGGAGACAAAGGACAACAGGUCCCAGGCAGUGCACACUACAAACAAGUGCUGUGGAAGGAAGUAGAACCUGGAAGCCUUGCAGGUCAGUCACUGACUGUCCAGCUGAAGUGUGAUCCGUGGGAGCACAUUCCUCUACAAGAGAAUGCAGGAGGUGAGGCGAGGAAUAUGACUGGUGAAUUUGCUCUGAACCAGAUUUCUGAAGAAAGGAAUUCACUGGAUGCUUUCCAGGAUCCAAAGUGUGGAGAAACUUUUACUCAAUGUAGGGGUAAAUCAGAACAGCCAAAGGUCAACCCCACAAGAGUAAAACGACAUAAGUGUAAAGAGUGUGGGAAGGCCUUUGCUCAGAGCUCGGGGCUUGUUCGACACUGGAGAAUUCACACUGGAGAGAAACCUUAUAAAUGCAACCAGUGUGGGAAAGCCGUCAGUUAUAAAUCAGCCCUUCUCUCACAUCAGGAAAUUCAUAAUAAAAUAAAACGCUAUCAGUGUAAUGAAUGUGGGAAAGCCUUCAGUCAAAACACGGGCCUUGUUCUUCAUCAGAGGAUCCACACUGGGAAGAGACCUUACAGGUGUAAAGAGUGUGGUAAAUCCUUUAGUCAAAGUUCACACCUUAUCGGACAUCUGAGGAUCCACACUGGAGAGAAACCUUUCAAAUGUAAUGAGUGUGAGAGGGCCUUUACUCAGAGGUCAGGGCUCAUGGAACAUCAGAGAAGUCACACUGGAGAGAAACCCUAUACGUGUAAGGAAUGUGGGAAAGCCUUCCGAGGGAGCACCAGCCUUACUCAGCACCUGAGGAUCCACACCGGGGAGAAGCCCUAUCAGUGUGAGGAAUGUGGCCGAGCCUUCAUCCAGAGGUCAAGCCUGGUUCGUCAUCAGAGGACUCACAGAGGGCAGAGUCUGUGUCUGUAUCCUAAUUAUGAGAAGGCCUUUAAUCAUAAACCAGGCCUUACUGAACACUUUUGAAAGCUAUGCCGAAUGCAGACCCUGUCAUAAAUUCAAGAGAUCGGGGUGUGGUGUCUCCAUUACCAUUGUUAUUCUAGGUAGUCAAACUAGAAGAGGUUCUGAUAUCCUACAUCAGGUUGAAAGAAACUGGUAACUAGCUUCUGGAGCAAACCAUUCCCAUUUGGGCUUGAGUCUGUGGUGGAUGCUGUUAUUUCUUUCUCCCAUCCUAUUGGUCCUUCUCCUUUG